CAACCAUAGCCACAAUUCACUCACAUAGAUAUAUCCUCUACUCAUGUCAAGAAAAGGAAAACCUAUAUCCUCUACUUCUCAGUUCUGAAUUCUCACUCUAUUUCAUUUCUUUCAUCAUCCUAUUCCCUCCUAGACUUCAUUGUCCCUCCGGUAAUAAUUAACAAUAGAAGAAACCCGAACACCAUGCUCCUCAUCAUUGCUUUUUUCAUCAUCUCCAUCAUCACGUGGGUCCUCUUUUUCAGGCCCAGCAAGGCCCAAGGAAACCUCCCACCAGGCCCACCGGGUCUCCCAAUCUUCGGCAACCUAUUCUCCCUCGAUCCCGAGCUCCACACCUAUUUCGCGGGCCUGGCCCGCACCUAUGGCCCGAUAUUCAAGCUCCAGCUCGGCGGCAAGCUCGGCAUCGUCAUCACCUCCCCAACCGUGGCCUGCCAAGUCCUCAAGGAUCACGACACCGUUUUUGCCAACCGCGACGUCCCCGCCGCCGGAAGAGCCGCCACUUACGGCGGAUCCGACAUCGUCUGGACGCCAUACGGACCCGAGUGGCGGAUGCUGAGGAAAGUAUGCGUCAUGAAGAUGCUGAGCAACCACACGCUGGACUCCGUCUAUGAGCUCCGCCGCAACGAGGUGCGAAAAACGGUCGGGUUCUUGUGUAAUCGGGACGGGUCAGAGGUGAACGUUGGCGAGCAGGUGUUCUUGACGGUGCUGAACGUGAUAACGGAGAUGAUGUGGGGAGGGGCGGUGGAGGGGAAGGAGAGGGAGGGGUUGGGAGCGGAGUUCAGGGAGGUGGUGGCGGAGAUGACGGCGCUGCUUGGGAAGCCGAACGUGUCGGAUUUUUUUCCCGCGUUGGCACGGUUUGACUUGCAGGGUGUGGAGAAGCAGAUGCACGCACUGGUGCCGCGGUUCGAUGGGAUCUUCGACAGGAUGAUUGGGAAGAGGGUGGAAGAAGGGAACAAGAAGAGCACUGAUUUCUUACAAUUUUUGUUGAAUUUGAAGGACGAAGGUGACUCCAAGACCCCACUUACCAUGGUUCAACUCAAGUCACUGCUCAUGGACAUGGUUGUGGGUGGAUCCGACACAUCCUCCAACACAAUCGAAUUUGCCUUGGCUGAAAUGAUAAAGAAGCCAGAGAUAAUGAAGAUAGUCCAAGAAGAACUGGAAGCAGUAGUUGGCAGAGACAACAUAGUAGAAGAGUCACACAUUCACAAGCUACCUUACUUGCGCGCAGUAAUGAAAGAAACCCUUCGGUUGCACCCAGCACUUCCACUCUUAGUCCCUCACUGCCCCAGUGAAACCACCACUGUGGGUGGGUACACAAUUCCAAAGGGUUCGCGUGUGUUUGUGAACGUGUGGGCAAUACACAGAGACCCUUCUAUUUGGGACAAACCCCUUGAGUUCGAUCCUACUAGGUUCUUGGAGGAUGGUGAAGCAAAAUGGGAUUUCAGUGGUAGUGAUUUCAGUUACUUUCCAUUUGGUUCUGGAAGAAGAAUAUGUGCUGGGAUUGCAAUGGCUGAGAGGACAGUACUAUACUUCCUUGCCACGCUUGUACAUUCAUUUGAUUGGAGGGUAACCGAAAGAGAGAAGUUUGAUGUAUCUGAAAAAUUUGGUAUUGUUCUUAAGAAGAAAGUACCUCUAACUGCCAUUCCCAUACCACGAUUAUCCAAUCCAGAUCUUUAUAAAUAGAAUUAAUCGAUGCAUUGUCAUCAAAUACUGUACCAAGGAAUAACAUUUUGUCAUCUUGUAAUACUAUACAAAGUGGAUGGACAAAAAAGUUGUAUUUUGGUCA